GUCAAAAUAUCAGGAAAUGAGCAUGGGCUGCCCCCAGAAUUGGGAGAUUUUGAAAUUGAAUAUAUAAAUAACGUUGAAUUUUCAGUUUUUCGGAGUUGAUUUCUCUUAAGUAAGUGUAAAUAUAGUAAUCAAGAUGUCUGCUAAUGAUAAAUACUCUACCCCAUUAUCUUCAAGAUAUGCAUCUGAAGAAAUGUCAAAAAUUUUUUCAUUAAGAAAUAGAUUUUCAACUUGGAGAAAAUUAUGGUAUAAUUUAGCAAUUGCUGAAAAAGAAGUUGGUUUAAAUGUUAUCAGUGAUUCAGCAAUUGAACAAAUGAAAAAUCAUUUGGAAAUUACUGAUGAAGAAAUUGCUGCUGCUACCAAAGAAGAAGCUAUAGUUAGACAUGAUGUUAUGGCACAUGUUCAUACUUUUGGUAAAACUUGUCCAGAUGCUGCUGGUAUUAUUCAUUUAGGUGCGACUUCAUGUUUCGUUACUGAUAAUGCAGAUUUGAUUUUCUUAAGAGAUGCUUAUGAUGUUAUUAUUCCAAAAUUAGUUAACGUUAUUGAUAGAUUAUCAAAAUUCGCUUUAGAAUAUAAAGAUUUACCAGUUUUAGGUUGGACUCAUUUUCAACCAGCUCAAUUAACUACCGUUGGUAAAAGAGCUACUUUAUGGAUUCAAGAAUUAUUAUGGGAUUUAAGAAAUAUGGUUAGGGCUAGAAAUGAUAUUGGCUUAAGAGGGGUUAAAGGUACUACUGGUACUCAAGCUUCUUUCUUAUCUUUAUUCCAUGGUGAUCACGAUAAAGUUGAAUUAUUAGAUGAAACCGUAGUUAAAUUAUUAGGAUUUGAACACGUUUAUCCAGUUACCGGUCAAACUUAUUCAAGAAAAAUUGAUAUUGAUGUUUUAAGUCCUUUAGCAUCAUUAGGUGCUACUUGUCAUAAAUUUGCUACUGAUAUUAGAUUAUUAGCUAAUUUAAAGGAAAUCGAAGAACCUUUUGAAAAAUCUCAAAUUGGUUCAUCUGCCAUGGCUUAUAAAAGAAAUCCAAUGAGAUGUGAAAGAGUUUGUUCUUUAUCAAGACAUUUGGGUGGUUUAUUAAACGAUGCUAUUCAAACUGCCUCAGUUCAAUGGUUUGAAAGAACUUUAGAUGAUUCUGCAAUUAGAAGAAUUUCAAUUCCUUCUGCCUUUUUAACUGCUGACAUUUUAUUAUCAACUUUAACUAAUAUUACUAGUGGAUUAGUUGUUUAUCCAAAAGUUAUUGAAAGAAGAAUUAUGUCUGAAUUACCAUUUAUGGCUACUGAAAAUAUCAUUAUGGCAAUGGUUGAAAAAGGUGCUUCAAGACAAGAUUGCCACGAAGAAAUUAGAGUUUUAUCUCAUCAAGCAAGUGCAGUUGUUAAACAAGAAGGUGGUGACAAUGAUUUAAUUGAAAGAGUUAGAAAUACUAAAUAUUUUGAGCCAAUUUGGAAUGAUUUGGAUAAAUUAUUAGAUCCUUCUACUUUUGUUGGUAGAGCUCCACAACAAACUGAAAAAUUUGUUCAAAAUGAUGUUGCUAAAGCUUUAGAACCAUUUAAAAAUCAAAUCCAUAAUGAAUCUGUUUCAUUAAAUGUUUAAAAUAUGUAUAAA